GUAAACCCGUGUUCCAACAACUUUGAUCUCGUCUUGAAUAAAUUGUGUUUGUCAAUUAUCAAAACCUGUGAGUCAAGACUUAACAACAGAGAAAGGGUUGAACUUACACAUUCCAAUAGAUUUGUUUGUUAUCAGUGAUCAUGGACUAUUAAACGUAGCAUGUGAUGAUGAGUGCACCUGGGCGAUUGAUUUUGGUGCAUCUUAUCAUAUUACCUCACAUAGGGAGUACUUCUCAUCCUAUACUAGUGGUGAUUUUGGCCACGUGAGGAUGGGAAAUGGUGGUUCGUCUAAGAUCAUCGGUAUGGGUGAUGUUUGUUUAGAGACUUCCACUGGUUGCAGGUUGGUGCUCAGGGAUGUGAGGCACGUCCUAGAUAUCAGAUUGAGUUUGAUUUCAGCUGGUCUACUUGAUGAUGAAGGUUAUGCUAACCAAUUUUGUGAUGGAAGAUGGAAACUCUCCCAGGGCAGUUUGAUUAUGGCUCGAGUCCCUCAAAAUCAUGGGGGAGAUAUGCAUCCUGUAGAUGACCAUCAAGAUGCUGAUAAUCAUGGUGAUGGUACGGUUGUGAUGAUAUUCCAGAGUCACAACCACAUUCAGAGUCACCACCACCUCAGUUUAGAAGAUCCACCAGAUAUCUUCUCUGCAGCACAGCUCGUUGAUUUGUUUGCGUAGCUCUUAAUUUGGUGAUUUCUGCUGCGCCCCCACGAACUUACAAAUGUUUCGAUCACAAACACGAUGAUCACAAUCUUACUAUUUGUGAACUUCCAUAAAAAAAAAUAAGUAGUCUAGAAUAAUUUUAAAAUAAGAAUUUAAACUAUAAAUAGUAAGUUUGUGAAAUUUGUAAUAAUAAUAGAGACAUAAUAGUAACAAGAAACAAAAAAUGAACCAAAAUUUUAAUAAAAUACUAGCUUAUAA